AUGCGUUUCGCGUCCGCCUUUUCGUUUGUCCUCGCCGCUGUUGCCGCGGUCCCAGCACUGGCCCUUCCUACCUGGCGGUCAUCUGCUCAAGAGCGUGCUCUGACUGGGUAUGGUCAACCCCCGGUAGCUCGUGGGUGGACCGACGUCGUAGUAGCAAGGGCCCCCGACCUGGAGGAUGGUCUGCUCGCUCGCGACGAUUUCUACGUGCGCUCCUACGACGAUGAGCUCUAUGCUCGUUUCGACUACGAGGACGUUCAAAUGCAGAAACGCGAGGACGCCCGAGUCCUUGCCCGGGAGUUGGCGCACUUGCUCCUUGCACGUAACGGACAUAUGCACCCAGUAUCGGUGAUUCAACAGACGCCAGGUGAUGACGGUCUGUACCACUGGAAGCUCCUCAUCGGUGCCGAGCGCGCAGCGGGCACCGUCUGGCACGACGUGAUCUGGUCCGACAAGAAGCACAUCGGCAUGGAGCACCGCGGCCCCAAGGCCUUUGACGCGGCCAAGUCGAAGGGCCACAUCAAGACCUGGCACAUCGCUGACAUCGACGCCGCACACGUCGCCCAUCUUAACACCAUCGCGGCGAGCACCCGCACGCCGAAGUACGAGAUCGCCGACAUUGACAAGAACUGCCAGACGUGGAUCGAGGACGUGAUUAAGGAGGCGGUGAGCAAGAAGAUCCUGCCUGCGAGCGCAACGUCUGCGCUCGCGAAGGUCCCGAAGGCGGAGUGA